AUGUCAGUAGAAGCUAAUCUGCGCUACUCCGAGCUCAUCAACGAAAACACCGACAACAAUGAAGUAUCUGAUCCAUCCAGCUUCACAACAUUGCAAAAAGUGGAGUUUGAAGGGGAAAUACUCACUAUAGACACAAACAACUGGAGGCAUUCGAGACUACUACAAAUUCAAAUCGUUUCCGCUUACUUCGUUUUCAUCUUGUUUGGAUUAAAUGAGCAAACUGUUGGAACAUUGAUUCCCAAACUACAAGAGCAUUAUCAUCUUAGUGACUUGCACGUUAGUUUUAUAUUCUUUUGCUCCGUCUUGGGCUACUUGACAAUGGCCUUUGUGAACAACCAGACUCAUGAUAAGUUGGGAAUCAGAGGGGUAGCGGUAUUGGGUGCCUCGGCAAUGUGUUUGGGAAAUUUGAGUGCAUCGUUUAAACCACCUUUUCUUAUUUUUCUUAUUUGUUAUUUUUCGAAUGGAGUGGGUCUCGGCGCUUUGGAUGCAUCAUUGAAUGCAUGGAUGGGUAAUUUAGUUGAUUCGAACCAAUUGUUGGGGAUCUUGCAUGGUUGUUAUGGUAUCGGAAGUUUGGUUUCACCUAGUUUAAUCACAUAUCUCUUGGAGAAGCCUAGCAGUCCGUGGGAUUGGAAUACUUAUUAUCUUUUGGUAGCUUCCUUUGGUGCAACUGUGCUCGUUUUAGUUGGAUAUACAUUUAGAUUCGAAACACCAAAAAAGUACAAGUACAUGGCGCAGUUAAGGCACCAAAAGUCCAAAGAGAACAAGCUACAGGAUGGUGCAGAUCCAAAUGAAGUUGAACUCGAUGACAUCAACAAGACAAAUUUUGAAAUUGACGAGGACGACGAAGAGGAUGAAGAACACUCAGCUACUUUUGCCCAAGCUGUGAAACUGCCGCUCAUAUGGGGGUUCGCGGGAAUUCUUUUCAUUUAUGUCGGUGGUGAGGUUGCAUUUGGUGCUUGGUUGGUUACCUACCUUUUAAGAAUUAAGAACUGGACAUACAAGGCUUCAUCACACAUUGCAACCACUUUUUGGUUUGGACUCACAGUUGGUCGAUGCGCUCUAGGCUUUGUCACGGCACAUUAUUUCACUACUGAGUUGAUGGCAAAUCUUGCAUACAUUGUCGGUUCGUUAUUGGGGUAUGUGCUCUUUUGGCUCCUAUCGUUCACGCAACAAGUAGGUCUUCUAUUUAUAAUUGUAUUCUUGACGGGAGCUAUGGUUGGUCCUAUAUUCCCCACUACAAUUGUUGCACUGGUCAAUAUUUUACCUGCAAAAUUCCAAACUGUCGGUAUCGGCUUCAUCUGUGCUUUAGGUGGUGGGGGUGCUGCUGGAAUUCCAUUCUUGAUUGGUUUAAUGGCUGAUUCUAGUGACGGCGGGCUAAAAGCGUAUCCGAUUAUGAUCAUUAUUAUAUUUGCUGUGCUUUUGGUGCUGUGGUUGGUAAUUAUGAAGAAGCACACGAGAGGUUACAAGAGGAAUUUGAUUUAA